UGCUGCACCAUGAGUGCCUCUGUGCUGAGCCCCUCCGGACCCCUGGCCAGUGUGUCUGGGCUCCUGCAAGUGGCUUCCCUGCUCAGCCUGGUCCUGCUGCUGAUCAAGGCCGCCCAGCUCUACCUGCACAGGCAGUGGCUGCUCAAAGCCCUCCAGCAGUUCCCGUGCCCGCCCUCCCACUGGCUGUUUGGACACUCCAAGGAGUUCCAAAAAAACGAGCUACAACAGGUACUGAAAUGGGUGGAGAAAUUCCCGACUGCAAGUCCUCGCUGGUUCUGGGGAACAAAGGCCAUAUUCGUGGUCUACGACCCUGACUACAUGAAGGUGGUUCUCGGCAGGUCAGAUCCCAAAGCUCACGGUACCUACAGAUUGCUGGCUCCCUGGAUUGGGUAUGGUCUGCUCCUGCUGAACGGGCAGCCGUGGUUCCAGCACCGGCGGAUGCUGACCCCAGCCUUCCACUAUGACAUCCUGAAGCCCUACGUGGGGUUCAUGGCCGACUCUGUGAGAGUGAUGCUUGACAAAUGGCAGCAGCUCAGCGGCCAGAACCCACGUGUGGAGGUCUUCGAGUACGUCUCCUUGAUGACCCUGGACAGCAUCAUGAAGUCUGCCUUCAGCCACCAGGGCAGCGUGCAGACAGACAGGAGCUCCCAGUCCUACAUCCAGGCCAUUGAAGACAUAAAGAACCUGUUUUUUUCCCGAGUGAGGAAUGCUUUCCACCAGAACGACACCGUCUACAGCAUGACCCCUUCAGGCCGCAGGUACCUCCGGGCCUGCCAAGUGGCCCAUGAGCACACAGACCAAGUGAUCCGGCAGAGGAAGGCUCACCUGCAGAAGGAGGGCGAGCUGGAAAAGAUCAGCAAGAAGAGGCACUUGGAUUUCCUGGACAUCCUGCUCCGUGCCAGAAUGGAGAAUGGGGACAGCUUGUCCGACGCGGACCUCCGGGCAGAAGUGGACACGUUCAUGUUCGAGGGGCACGACACCACGGCCAGCGGCAUCUCCUGGAUCCUCUAUGCGCUGGCCACCCACCCUGAGCACCAGCAGAGGUGCAGGGAGGAGCUGCAGGGCCUCCUGGGGGAUGGCGCCUCCCUCAGCUGGGACCACUUGGACCAGAUGCCCUACACCACCAUGUGCAUCAAGGAGGCGCUGAGACUCUACCCACCAGUGCCGGGUAUUAGCAGGGAACUCAGCAAGCCGGUCACCUUCCCUGAUGGACGCUCCUUACCUGAGGGAAUCACUGUGUCACUCUCCAUUUAUGGGCUGCACCACAACCCCAACGUGUGGCCAAACCCUGAGGUGUUUGACCCAUCCCGGUUUGCUCCUGGCACUGCUCGGCACAGCCAUGCUUUCCUGCCCUUCUCUGGAGGGUCCAGAAACUGCAUCGGGAAGCAGUUUGCUAUGAAUGAGAUGAAGGUGGCCGUAGCCCUGACUCUGCUCCACUUUAAGCUGGCACCAGAUCCCUCCAGGGUCCCCGUUCCAAACGCAAAAGUUGUGUUGAUGUCAGCGAAUGGAAUCCACCUGCGCCUCACGAAGCUUCAGUAACCCAGUGGACGUGGACCAACUCUGAGGGCUUCCCGUCAGCCAUCCCAUCUUGCUGGCUCUACUGUCAGAUUCUGACUUCCUCCCUGCUUGUUGCAGAUGUCCUGUUUGCUGUCCACCUGUCUCCACCCUCCUCUAUCUUAAUAUCUCACUCCGACAUGCUGUCUGUACUUCAGCUUGUCAGACCUCUCCCUGGAUUUUUUCCUUUCUGUCCUAUUAUCUGAACCUCUCAUAGUUUCCUCCUGCUCCUUAACAAUUUGUCACAAACUUAGUGGCUUACAACAACACACCUUUAUAAUCUUAACACUAAGGAAUCAGUAGUUGGAAAUAGGUUACACUUGGCCUCAUCUAGGUGUUGUGGGGGCUCUCAGGGAAAAUAUCUUUCUUUCUUUUCCAAUUUCUAUCUUAAUGUCUUUCAGUGAUUGGAUUAGCUGCUCCCAUAUUACCAUGGAAAUCUGAUUCUCUUAAGUCAACUGAAUGGAGAUGUUAGCCAUCUCCAAAUACAAGCAUCUAGAACAUUCGUUAACUGAGUAACUGGCUCCACACCCCACGCAAUUGACACAUAAAACUGAACUCCACAGUCCCCCUUGUGACCUGGCUUCCACACACUUUCCCUUCAAGUCCACCUCAUCUACAAAUAAG